UGAAUCGUGCCUCCACUGAAAAGCUGUUCUGCGGCUGACAGGAUCAGAAGGCACUGCUGCGGAGCCCAUGCACAAAUCUGUCUCAUCUCUAGCCUAUAGACCUGCUAUUAUCAACUAGGGAAUCAAACAACGAAAGCUAUUCUUCUUUGCCUUGGUAUACAGUAGAAGCCCUGAUUGAGAUGUAUGGACAGAACCCUAACUGGUUGUGGUCGAACGGGGAGCCUCUACGCCACCAUAGGCACCUGGGCAGACUUGGCUCAGCAACCCUGAGGCAAUGGGAGGAUGAGGAAGAAGGAAAAGAGGAAGAACAUGCAAUUUGGACCAGGGAGCAUCCAGCAAUCUGUUGCUAUACUACAAAUGGCCAUGGCCUCACCCAAGAGCGUGUUCAGAACCCUUGGGGCUGGGCUUGUACUGAGAGUACCUUUGGCCCUGUCCACACAGACCUAGUUAGCAUCCAAAGCCAGAGUGACACAGGGCUAGAUGCCCCUGAAAUGUGGAUUGAUGUCCCCCCACACCAGCCCUCCUUGGGUGGAGCUGAUGGAGAAGAAUCAUCCCAGCAUUGUUUAGGCAGUCAAUGGAGGAGCCACAGGACAGGGGGCCAUGGCUGUGUUUGUGUGCAUGGACCAAGUGGACCAGGAAGAUGUUGCCACAGUUUGGCUGGUUCCCCUCUCUUCAAUUUUGGAAUGAGGAAGACAAUAAUGGUAGGAGUCGAGGUGGAAAUAGUGGAGGAAGUAGCCUAUGAGGACACAGAGACACUUGAAGUAAUAUCAGAAGGAGUCUAUCCAAAUUAUUUGAUGGAAACCAUAUUGCUGCACGAUGACCAGCUUUUCGCCACCUAAACAUGCAUUCCUUCAAAAGUUGUUUGCAAGUGACCUUUCUGUGUUUUUAAAUGUCAGCCUUGUAUUUUAAAUGUAUUUUACAUUUAUUUAAAUGUAGUUUAAAUAUUAAAAUGUGUUUUAAAUACCAUUUAAAGGUAUUUUUAUGUCAGUGUUGUGGGAGGUUCAUUAAUCACAUUUUUUUUACCCAAUAAAAUAAGAAACCUUU